GAAAGAUUUAGUGGUAUCGAGAAAGGACCGCUGUCGAUCCCCCUGUUGGGAAGUGAAAUUACAAAAGAUACAACUACUAUUACUACAAUGCGUUCUUGUGCAGCAACAAGUGCAUGAUUCAACGCUGCUCGUGACUCGUGAACGUGAUCGACUAACUGAUUUAUUAAAUUGCGAAUCCAACAACUACAAUCAUAAUAUAGUUGACAAUCACAGUCAUAGCUUGGAAGGUGCCCGAAUAUCUCAUUCCGAUCGUCGUCAUUCAUUCACGCCUGCUAGAUAGCAGUUGCAAACGCAAUCAAUUUCACAGUGAGAAUAUAUCAGAGGACACCUAGAAGACAUGCCGUCUCACCAGGGCACCCGCCUCGGCAAUCUCUUGCAAUUACGAAAAAGCAAGCAGCAAACCGACGCAGACCACGAAGACGACAGCUGCGAAAGGAAAGUCGAUGCGGAAUUCGACAUUCUGCUGGAGGGACCGAAAAAAGCUGUCAUGAAGAUUCACCUCGGGGUGCGCGAUGAUGCGGUCGGACCAAACAGCAUCCGCGUCGAAACUGAAUUCUUCUCCUACGAGGGCGAAUUUCCUGAGGAGUUCGUCCCGCCGACGAAAGCAGACCUCGAAGAGGCCUUGGGCCUAUUGCUGCCGAAGUUGGACCGGGAACCCACAGGGGAGAAUUUAAAAGGCACGGCCGUCGAGGUGAUCAAAGAGAUGAUCACGCAGAUCGAGAAGAAGCAUGGCGCAGAGUGCGAAAAUGGAAUUCGAUUAAGUAAGAUCGUGCCGCUCGUGGCCUCCAAACUGAAUCCGGCGAAGAGACGCAGGGUGGAUUGAGCGACAGAAUGUGGAUGAAGCACUACACACCAAGACCAACUAGUACUAGACAAAUGAGGAGAAAAAAAGAAAGAGCUAAAAUCAUCUGUGAGAAUGAUGAAAGAAACGGCGCCGCUGUCGGAAGCAGGACAGAAGAUUCUUAUUUAAGAACGAGCACACUCUUGCAACUGCUUUUCAUUCAGAAGGAGGAAGCUGCACACACAGAAUGAUUCUACUACAGCUUGAUUGUGAUUG